AUGGACGACUACGAGUCGGAGUUGUCAGCAGGUAUCACACUGCUCAACUACAGGCUCGUGGAUGAAGAGCCUCCAAAUUCACCCACGGUUGCAAUCACCUACAGAAUACCACAAGAUUUUGCAGACGAAUCAUCGGAUUCAGAUACCGUGGCUGAUCUUUUGGCAAGGCCAAUCCCUAUGAAAACACGCCGUCGCUCAAGUGUCUCAAAGUAUUCUUCAUCGUACGAGGUUGACAUCAACGAGGCGUUUGUUUCAUCACAACUUCGUGGAACCAGCCAAUCAUACACGCCCAAAUUAGAUGAUUUCGAGCCCAUCAAAGUGUUAGGGCAAGGUUCAUACGGUAAGGUGCUUUUGGUGCGUGAGAAGGUCACGGGGAGACUCUUUGCGCAGAAACAACUUAAGAAAGCGUCGCUUGUAAUCAAUGAGACCAACGAGGUGCACAAGAAGAACUAUGAACGCACAUUGAACGAGAAAAACAUUCUCGAGCAGGUCAACCAUGCCAAUAUAGUCAAGCUAUACUAUGCGUUUCAGGACCACAAUAAAGUGUACUUGAUUUUGGAGUACUUGGAUGGUGGAGAAUUGUUUCACCAUCUAGCUGAGCAGAAAUAUAUGAGUGAGAAGAACGCGUCCUUCUACAUAGCUCAGAUCAUUGUGGCGUUGCGUUACCUCCAUUUGAACCUCAAGGUCAUAUAUAGGGACUUGAAACCAGAAAACUGUAUGCUUAAUUCAGAGGGAAACUUGGUGCUUACAGAUUUCGGCCUCUCCAAAGUGUCUUCCAAGGACGAGUCGAGACACUCCAUGAUUGGAACUGCGCAAUAUAUGGCUCCGGAAGUCAUCAAAGGAGAAGAUUACGACUACGCGGUUGACUGGUGGUCCUUGGGAUGUGUUGCAUACGAUAUGCUCACUGGUGGGCCACCAUUCACCGGUCACACCAACGAGAAGAUCAUGGACAAGGUUGUACAUUCAAAGAAGUACUUGAAAUUUCCCUUUUACCUAUCGCUUGAUGCCAAAGAUCUUCUUCGGAAGCUUUUGCAGAGCAACCCAGAAAAGAGGAUGGAUAUCGAUAAUAACUUUGAGCAAUUAAAGCAACAUCGGUUUUUCCGUUACCUAAACUGGGAUGAAAUAAUUCUGGGGCAAAGCACGUCACUUCCCCCAAUUCUUCCUGUCAUUACUGAUCCUAUUUUGGCGGAAAACUUCGACGAGGAGUUCACCAGCAUGCCGUUUACUCCUCCCAUUGGAGCUACCGACAUCGAAAGCCGCAAGGACGAUAUUUUACAUGUUAACGGCUUCACCUUCACUAAUGAGAGCUACUUAGUCAGCGUUUACGCACAAAAGGGGAACUAG